UGUACAUUGGUUAUUUGCAAAUUUAUCUGAAACAUAAUUUUAAUUAAAAUAGUUACAGCAACGCGAUUUAAUAGUGAAACUUUUUCGCAUUGAGUUUGAUAUAAAAAUUAACUUUGUGCAAUAAUUACUUAUGAUGCUAAUAUUACACUUAUUACUACUAGUCUUAAUCCAGCUGAUGGACGGCACGAAUGGCACAAUUGAUUCGCGUCUUCAGGGGGUCGACGGACUAAGACAUUCUUUGGCCAGGGAUGUCAGGCAAACCUGCGCGGGUAGCCCGGGUGCCGCAGGUGGCCCGGGAAGCGUAGGUGGUCCGGGUAGCGUAGGUGGCCCGGGUGUCGCAGGUGGUCCGGGUGGCAAUGGUGGCGAUGGUACCCCGGGUAGCCCGGGUGGCGCAGGUGGCCCGGGUUGCGUGGGUGGUCCGGGUGGUGCUGGUGGUCCCGGUGGCGCGGGUGGCCCGGGUGGCGCA